AUGCGCCAAAUACAGCUGUUAGCUGCCGCUACGGCUUUGACAUUGGCCGGUCCAUCCUUGGCUGCUGUCGCCAACGCCAACGCUUUAGCUCUAAGAGGCGCGGAUUUGACCCCGGAGGAUAUUGAAUUUUUGGUUCGCCGAGCUACAGCGCAGGCUCCCGAUGGAUAUGCGCCCUCGGAAGUCACUUGUCCCAGCACGAGACCAUUCAUUCGCGACAGCUCGAGUUCGGUCCUGAGCCCUGAGGAAAAGGCAUGGCUCCCAAUUCGCCGCAAGGAGACCAUCACGCACAUUAAGGAUUUCCUAAAGCGCGCGGCCAUUCCGAACUUCGACAGCGACAAUUAUUUGCAGAAUGUCGACUCCAAUUCAUCGGCUUUGCCAAACAUUGGCAUUGCCAUCUCUGGUGGUGGCUACCGUGCAAUGCUAAACGGCGCCGGUGCUAUCAAGGCCUUUGACAGUCGCUCAACCGGUAGUACUGAUAAAGGCAACCUCGGUGGUCUCCUACAGAGUGCCACGUACCUUUCCGGUCUGUCCGGAGGCGGCUGGCUUGUGGGCAGUAUCUAUACCAACAACUUUACCACCGUUCAAGAUGCCGUUAAUUCCAAAGAGAUUUGGCAAUUUGGUGAAUCAAUCCUUGAAGGCCCCAAAAAUAUUGGCAUCGUGGACUACUAUUCCACCAUCAUCGAUGAGCUAGACAAGAAGCACGACGCAGGUUUCAACCGUUCUAUCACCGAUAUCUGGGGUCGUAUGCUGUCGUUCCAGCUGGUCAAGGCAAAGCACGGCGGUCCCAAGUAUACUUUUUCAUCCAUCGCCAAUGAUACCGAGUUUGCUGCUGGCAGGACUCCGCUCCCCAUUCUGGUUGCCGACAGCAGAGGCCCUGGCGAGAAAAACACCACCAUCGAGUCUGUCCUAUUCGAGUUCAAUCCCUGGGAGCUCGGCUCAACGGAUCCCGGCAUGACGGGCUUCGCGCCACUGAAGUUCGCCGGCUCCAAGUUCGACAACGGAAAGCUAGCCGACGAUGCCGCAUGCAUCAACGGCUUUGACAAUGUCGGCUACGUCAUGGGAACAUCUAGCAGUCUCUUCAACCAAAUCAUUCUCCGCAUGAAGAGCGACCCCGAGAAGUAUCAGCCAAAAAAUAUUCCCAAGACUGUCGUGGCUUUCAUCACCGACCUCCUUACAACCUUGGGCGACCGAAGCGACGAUGUGGCAGAUUGGACUCCGAACCCGUUCAAAAACUGGAACUUGGGCAAGAACUAUGUUGCUGGCUCUGACCGUCUUACCCUGGUGGAUGGAGGCGAGGACGGUCAGAAUGUCCCUUUCCACCCUCACACUGUUCAUGAACGCAAGGUCGAUGUCGUCUUUGGCGUGGACUCGAGUGCCGACACGAGCAACUGGCCCGACGGCGCAUCUGCCUAUAUAACAUACCAGCGAACCCACAGCAAUGAAUCGGCUGGCACAUCUUUCCCUGAGGUGCCUGAUACAAACACAUUUCUCAACCUCGGGCUGAAUACCCGCCCAACCUUCUUCGGCUGUGACGCGAAAAACUCGAGCGGCCCUGUUCCUCCGCUGGUCGUUUAUCUGCCCAAUUAUCCUUAUGUCUUCCACUCCAACCUAUCCACCUUCACUCUGGACCUCAACGAUACCGAACGGGACGCCGUCAUCUCCAACGGCUGGGCCGUUGCCACUCAAAUGAACAGCACCCGCGAUACAAACUGGCCGACCUGCGUCAGCUGCGCCAUACUGUCUCGCAGCUUCGAUCGCACCAAGACCCCAGUCCCGGCUGCCUGCAAGGACUGCUUUAGCAAGUACUGCUGGAACGGCACUGUCGAUAGCAGCAAGCCUGCUGCGGCUUAUGCGCCCCAGCUGUGGAGCAACACAUCCAUCGACGUUGCUUCCAAGAAGGAGAAUGCUGGUGCUCGAACCAUGACUGGCACUUCCGUAUAUAAAGUCUACGUGGGCCUUUUCUUGCCCGUUCUGUACAACAUCUAG